GUGAACUUUAUCUUCGUCCGAGGGGGGGAGGGGGGAAAGAAGAAGCAAGGUAGAGACCAUGUCUUCCCUCCAAUUCUUCUCGCCCACUUCUCAAAGCCCUAACCCUAAUGCCAACCAUCCCUUCUCCUCCAAGAACGCCGUCGCCAGACCGACCGGCUACUCCUCUCUGUCAUGCCCCACCUCCCAGUUGCCCUUUGACGGCGCCACCUCCGACGCCGCCAGAUCCAUCUGCUCCUCCAAAACUGUCAGCUUUAGGCCCGCGCGCUGCGUUUCUCCGCCGAAAGGCUCCAAAUUUUUGGGGUCCCAGCUCCUCCGACCGAGGCAGCUCCGCCGGCGGAUCGGGUGCAGCGGGGGAGUAGAAACCCGAGGCGGUGAGGUCGACGCGCCGCCGCCGCUGUUGGACUCGAAGAGCGGCGGCGGCGGAAAUGAGGGUGGCGAGGGAAAGGAUGGAGGGGAUGGCGAGGAGGAGGAGAGGAAGAAGGGUAUUCUCCCGGAAUGGGCCAACAUCAGCAAGGAUGAUGUUAAGACUAUUCUGGGGGCGUUGGCGAUUUCCUUAGCAUUCCGAACGUUCAUAGCUGAACCGCGGUACAUUCCCUCUCUUUCGAUGUACCCGACGUUCGACGUUGGAGACCGCAUUGUUGCCGAGAAGGUUUCAUAUUACUUUAGACAGCCAUCUGUAAAUGACAUAAUCAUCUUCAAAAGCCCACCAGUAUUGCAGGAAGUGGGUUAUACAGAUGAUGAUGUAUUCAUUAAAAGAAUUGUUGCCAAGGAAGGUGACACUGUGGAAGUCCAUAAUGGCAAGUUAGUAGUAAAUGGAACUGUCAAAAAUGAAGACUAUAUUCUUGAGCCACCAUCAUACGAGAUGAACCCUAUUCAAGUACCUGGGAACUCUGUGUUUGUCAUGGGCGACAACCGCAACAAUAGUUAUGAUUCACACAUAUGGGGUCCCCUUCCUGCAAAGAAUAUACUUGGGAGGUCGGUUUUCCGAUACUGGCCACCUGGUAGACUUGGCAGCACAGUUUUUAGCGAAAAGAGUGAAGACGCAAAGCCAGAUAGCAGUUUAGUAGCCAAAUGACAUGUACAUGCUGCUUUUGAAUUCUCAAGAGGAUGUAACUAGUGAAAAUUGAUUACUGAUUCCCUUGUUAAGUCGCACAAUGGGGAAGCCACCAAAAUAUCAUUCAUGACGGGAGCGUUGCGGGCAAGCGUAUUUGCAUGUGUCACCUUGUUUAUUUUCUAUGUAUUUAAAAAAUAUACAAUCAUUUUUUUUGGUAACAAUAGGGUAAUCCUGAUGUCGAUUACCUUCACUUGCCUAACUUGUUCCUUUGAUGAACUCGAAUAAUCAGGAAGAUUGCUACCAUGAGACUAGUUUUGAUUGUUU